AUGGGGAAGGUUAAAGAACAUGUAGAUGAAGACGUAAAUUGGCAAUCUAAUAUAGAGAAAAGAAAAUUGAACGACGACAAUUGGAAUGUAAAAGUUAUUAUGAUUGAGGCUUCCGAAAUAGAGCAGGAAAAUAUGUACCUGAAAGAAUUCGAAAAAGGUGCUGAGAAAGGAAACAGGUUCGUCAUUAAGAAUAUUAGUAAGAUUGAAACGUUAUUUAUGAUAAAGCAAUUAGGCGGACAAAACAAGACACCUCGAGUUUUCAUGGAGGCUCAGUCUCAUCUUAAAGACAACAAAAGUAUACCACCAGAGAUCUUAGCCCUCAUAAUUAAACAUCUUAUUUUAACGAUGAAAGAUGAGUAUUCAUACGUGGUGCAACAAAAACUAGCUGUUAGUGAGGGCCUAAAAAAUGAAUCGGAGAUAAUGAUAAAUAAAGCGGAAAUAAAAAAAAAAGUUGAUACAAGAAAUAAGAAAUCGGCUGAUUCGAGUUCAGCGAAACAUAAAAGUAACGUCGAAAAGAAAAGCAGUUCAAACAUUAUCGAAGCAGAUGAAUCCAAAAAGUACCACACGUUAUUGAGAAUAAGAGGAGAGGAAUGGAGAGAUAAAGAAUAUUUGGAGGAUUUUCCAGAAGAGGGACCAAAUUUAUACGUUGCCUUAACGGGUUUUACAGAACCAUAUUUACCUGGUUGUCUGAUAAGGAUAGGAGUACCUUUAAUAGCAAUAGUGAAACUUGUAAUUGAUCCGAAAACUGUGAGGACUCCAUCAAGAUUAUCAAAAAAUAUUAAAAGUGAUACGGACUUAAGUAAAAAAUGUCGCAUGUUUUGGGAAGGUCUAAAAUUUUGUCGCUCUGGCUGUGACAGAUAUAUUUUAAAAAAUACAGCCAUGAUCGUGUUCUCGCCAUCGCUGUUUGACGAAGAUAUCAAUGUGUAUGACCCAGAUGUUAUAGUAAAUAAUCAAGAAAAAAUCUACAAUGAGUUGUGCUACCUCAUGUACGAUUUACAAGAUUUAACCCGACAGCACGCGCAUUUUUUAAAUAAUUUCGAAGUAACAUUGGUCCCUGAUGAAAAGCCGAAUGAACGUCUACAGCGAGACUAUUUGAGGGUUAAUAACAAAACACCUUUAGAUUCUGCAACUGUAUACUCCAUACUGGAUAGCAUGCUUGAAACGGUUUCGAUUACCGACACUUUAAAAGAAACAUAUCAUGAUAAGGUUGUUGCCAAAAAUUAUGCUAUGAAAAAAAAGAAUUCGUUACAAGCAGAAACGUUUAUUGCAGAAGUUUUUUGUAAACUACGUAAUACUGAUGUUGAUAAAAAGGAAUUCCGAGUUACGGAGAGAAACGAAUUUGAGAAUGAUAAUAAUCCGACAAUAAUACAUUUUGGAGAUAGACUUAGAUAUAAUACGUUUCAUUUAGGUGAAUGUAAUUUACAAGAUGCAGUUCGUUCGACGCUACAGGGUUUACCAGUUGUGCAUAUCUGGCAUGACUUUGAAAAGCUCUCCGGAAAAAAUCAGGCUCGAAUUAACUUUCAUAUUAAUCUCUUAUCCUCAUUUUUUGACAGAAAAUUAGAAAUUCCUGAACUCACUAGACUAAUACAGAUAUUAAACUGUACAAAAUUGUAUAAUUCCCGUGAUAAAUUUUAUGACCAAAAUUCACAAUUUUCGAGUAAAAAUUACAACAGAAGAUUAUUAUUAAAAAGAAGCCUCAUGGUUGAACCUCUAGCACAAGACUCGAUGAUUAAAACAGCUAAUUUUAACUCUCCGCUUCAUCAGAAACUAAUACAACUGACGAAUCACGAUAUACAAAUACUAAGCAAGGAGAAAAGCGUACAGGAAAGCUUAUCACAAGAAGAGUGGCGUGGACACAUAGCCACACCGAUAUGUUUGCAGGACUUUUUUGAGUUUGUUUUAGACGAGAAAUAUGACUGGAUCCAAAAUGAAGAAAAGCUUUAUGAGCUACGAAUGAACAAGACUGCGACAAAAGUGACCAAAGAGAAGAAAAAAAUUGCAGUACCUGGCUGCUGUGACGACAUAGAUGAAUUUGACUUAUUAAUGGAAAGUUCACUAAAGCAACGUGAUUUAGAUUCUUUUUUUAAGUCCAGUCCAGAGGCACAAGAAUCUGUAAUAAAGGAUUUUUCUAUGACUUCUUCUAAGCUACAUUCAAGAAUUAGUAUAUUAUCAAGACUCUCUAGGCGAUCAAAAAUGUUGGAACCUUUCCUAACAUCAUCUGAAUCUAGCGUGGAAGAAUCAUUGCAAGAAAUAUUUUAUGGAUAUGAUUUGUCUGAUCGUAGGGUUGAAGCUAUUGGUAAAAACUCUGUAUAUUUUUCAAAAGAUGGAUCGAUUAUUACUACUAAAUACACUUCAUUUUUACAUAGUGACUCAAAAUAUUUAUCUUUGAGUAUAGUCGUCGACAAAAAUGAAUUUUGGAUACAUAGAAUUGUAGGGGGUGCUACUGAGUCUGCAGAGAGUAGAGAAACAUUUCGAAUAUCUACAAAAGAUGACAUUUCUCUCAGUGUGAAAAAACAAAUACAUUCUGAAACAAAAUAUGAAUCGACAAACAUUUCAACUGAUGGUAAUAAAAACCAAAGACCCGGAGUAGUUGAUUAUACGCUACAGGUAGUUUGGCCAAAUGGUCUCAUAACAGAAACUGUUAAGAACAAUAGUAACACUAAAAUUUCUUACAUUAGGCAAUCAUUUUCCUUAUCACUUCCUGAUAGUUCUGAAGAUAAAAGAUGUAUUAGUAUGCACGGAGAAGUAAUAAUAUUUAAGAAAAACGGCAACAUAGAAGUUUUGCAACCAGCAGGUGCUUACAUCAUUAUUUCGAGAUACGAAACAAAAACUAAAAGCGAGUUAGACGCAGAAAAAACACAAUAUGAUGAAAUGAGCUCUGGAAAAUAUAAUAAAAAUAUAGAAAAACAUAACCGUAAAGAGGGCGAUGCACAAAACAAACAGCCCGACCAUAAAAUACAGGAUGACGGUCGAGGUCCAUCAAGGCUCGAAAACAUUGAUUCUGAGCUUAUCUUCCACGAGUAUGAAACAGUCGAUUGUAGUGGUCUUCGUCAAAAGUGGACCCAAGAUGUGUUACUUGAGGAACGAAAACUGCUGUCACGAACGGCCAGUGACUAUUACUUGGGGGAAGUCUUAACAAAACGAAGUGAUGGUACUAUUAUUUUUCUUAAUAAAGAUGGAGACUUAGUGACCACCUAUCCAAAUAAAACAAGAAUCACGACAAGUUAUAUAAUAGAAAGUGAAGAUAUUUAUCCGGAGUAUUCGGUUUAUGAAUUGGAUUUCAAUGAGCAAAUCAUAAUAAACAAAGAUGAAUUGUACUUAUCUAUCCAAAUAGUCUACACUAUAGAACACCCUGACUAUUCAACGGUUAUAAUAAAUAGAUCAAACAAUAGUACAUCCAUAGAGUCCCCUAACAAAAUGCUACUAACUUUAACUCAUGAUAAUGAUUAUGAUGUUUAUUUCGAUGACAACACAAGUGCCAGUUUUAGUGGGGAGCUAUUAAAAAUAUUAUCCAAUCGAAUACAUAGAGAAAACGUUUGUAUCGUCGAUAUUAAUUGCAACAUUAAAGAUCAUGAAACUUCUAAUGAUAUGUGGUUACGUAUGAAAGAUUCCUUUGAAAACGACAUUAUAGUUGACUCGAGCGGUGAAAUUAGUGUAACAGAGAGUGAUGUUUCUAAAGAAAGGGAAGAAACCGUUCAAGAAACAUCAUUGGAUGAAUGGAAACGGUUGCAGGAAGCAAAGGCAGUAAAGUUUUUUAUACUGAAGAGAGAUCUGUCUUGCGCUGAGUUAGUGCAUGGUGACUUGGUAAAGAAGUACGAAAAAACUAUUUCUGAUACGAAGUGGUCUUCUAGUAAAGUAUAUAAGAGUUUUGGUGACAAUCGUAAUCUGCUCUCUAUUGUUACUCCUAUACAACUUACGGCGUCUGAGGUAUCUUCUUUGCAAUUGCUUUGUAAAAGUUUGAUAAGUAAUAAGUUCUUUUAA